AUGGCGUCGCCGGAGCGGGAGGCGGUGGCGGCGACAGCCAUCGUGGAGGACGUGCUGAGGAUGCACGGGGAAGGAUUAGGGGCAGGAGGGGGUGUAGGUCAAGUGCUGGUGAUGGGGAGGAACAUUGACAUGGCCUGGCGCAAGGCCGAGGUGGCCGCAGUAAGAAGGAAUGAAGCAGCCAGCUGGUUGAGAAGGACAGUAGGGGUAGUCUGCGCCAAGAACCUUGCCGAAGAACCAUCUGAGGAGGAAUUCCGGGUUGGCCUGAGGAAUGGCAUCAUUCUUUGCAAUGCAGUCAACAAGAUUCAGCCUGGCACCGUGCCGAAGGUUGUGGAGGUCCACUCGGUUUCUACUAUCCCUUCAGAUGGUUCAGCUCUCUGUGCAUACCAGUACUUCGAAAACGUGAGGAAUUUCCUCACAGGCCUACAAGAUUUAGGUCUCCCAACAUUUGAGGUGUCCGACCUGGAAAAGGGUGGACAAGGGGUCCGAGUUGUAGACUGUGUUCUUGCCCUCAAGUCAUUUGCUGAAACUAAGCAACUCGGCAAACAAUCUUUGUUUAAACAUGGCGGCAUUGUAAAGCCUUCAAUGUCCGCAAAAUGCUCUGUUCGUAAGAACGAACCUUUUAUGAAGGCGAUGACGAGGAGUCACUCAGCUGAGCUACUCCGGGAUGGCGUAUCACUGGAGCAAACUUUAGGUCUUGAUUGUUUUCUAGAACCCGCUGAAACAAUAACUUCAGACUCCAUCAGAAUGCUUGUUCAAACAAUUCUAUCAGAUAAGAAACCAGAAGAAGUUCCAUUGCUUGUAGAAUCACUCUUGAGCAAGGUUAUUCAUGAAUUUGAGCGUCGUAUGGCAAACCAGAAUGAUUUGGUGAAAUACACUGUAGAUCCUAAUGACAGUAGCUCAUUAUCUAAAACAGAGUCAUCAGACACACCACAGGAAAUGGAGGCAACUUCCACCAGCGAUCAUGGGAAGAUGGACGAAGAAGAUCACGAGUCUGUCACUAAUCAUGUGAAGACGGACGAAGAAGACAACAGUUCUGUCACUAACAACGAGAAGAUGGACGACGAAGAUCACAAUUCUGUGGGUAGUACGGGAGAUGUCAGUGCUGCUGUGCUGGUGAACGGUGAUAGCGUGGCAAAAGAUAUACAGGCAAAGGCAGAUAUACAUUUUGAGCUACAAAAGAAACAGAUCCAGGAUAUGAAAAGUAACCUUUGUACUGUUAAGUCUGGGAUAGAGCAGUUCAAAUUGCAAUACUCUGAAGACCUUGCUAAGCUUGGAAAUCAUCUGCGCACUAUUUCUCAUGCGGCUUCUGGGUAUCAUAAAGUUCUUGAGGAAAACCGUAAGCUGUACAACCAAAUACAGGAUCUUAGAGGAAAUAUUAGAGUGUACUGUCGAGUGAGACCUUUCCUGCCUGGAAAGGUAAGUUCCUCAAGCAGUGUUGCUGGCAUAGAAGAUAGAACUAUCACUCUCAUGACUUCAUCGAAACAAGGAAAAGAUGCGCGGAAAUCUUUUACUUUCAAUAGGGUCUUUGGGCCCUUAGCCACACAAGCGGAGAUCUUCGUUGACAUGCAGCCUUUAGUCCGUUCUGUUCUUGAUGGUUACAACAUAUGUAUAUUUGCGUAUGGCCAAACUGGGUCAGGGAAGACCUUUACAAUGAGCGGUCCUAAAAUACUGACAGAAGAAGGGCUUGGUGUCAAUUAUAGGGCUUUAAAUGAUCUGUUCGAUAUUCAAGCACAGAGGAGGGACACAUUUUGUUAUGAAAUUUCUGUGCAGAUGAUGGAGAUCUACAAUGAACAAGUGAGAGAUCUUCUUCACAGUGGUCCAAACAAGAAAUUAGAGAUUCGAAAUAGCUCUCAGAAUGGCAUUGCAGUUCCAGAUGCAAACAGAGUUCCGGUCGCGUCGACCUCCGAUGUGGUUGAUUUGAUGAAUCUUGGUCAAAAGAACCGUGCAGUUUGCUCAACGGCUAUGAAUGACAGAAGUAGUCGCUCCCAUAGUUGUGUAACAGUCCAUGUUCAAGGGCAAGAUUUAACAUCAGGCACGGUGCUAAGAGGCUGCAUGCAUCUUGUGGAUUUAGCUGGUAGCGAAAGAGUCGAUAAAUCCGAGGUUGUGGGAGACAGGCUGAAGGAGGCACAACACAUAAACAAGUCACUGGCAGCACUAGGGGAUGUCAUCGCGUCCCUCGCCCAGAAAAGUGCGCAUGUUCCUUACCGGAAUAGCAAACUUACUCAGUUACUGCAGGACUCUCUUGGAGGACAAGCAAAAACAUUGAUGUUUGUUCACAUAGCCCCCGAACCGGAUGCCAUUGGUGAAUCAAUAAGCACUUUGAAGUUUGCUGAGAGAGUUGCCACUGUUGAGCUUGGAGCAGCCAAGACAAACAAGGAAGGAGGAGAAGUCAAAGAGCUCAAAGAACAGAUUGCUUGCCUCAGGGCAGCUUUGGCUAGCAAAGAUGGAGAAAAUGAAAGCAUACGAAGUACACAUUCGAGCCCAGAUAUAUUAAAAGACAUUAGGAUCAGUCAUGCAUCCCCAGAAUCCGGGCACCCAGGGGAAGAAGCUGGAUGUCUAGAGGUCCGAAGCAAUGGUACUCCCACAAGGCAGACCAAGCCAAACUUCGAAUUGUCAGACAUGCUUGUCGAGAGCGAUCCAUCUUUGUGGCUUGAUGGUUGUAAUGGCGACAAUACCCGGUUGAGGAGCAUUAAUUCAUUACCAGAAUUGGGACCUGAUGCUACACAUGAUCUAGCAUUGUAUCAACGAAGCAGUCUUGACCAACAAUGGAGUCGGGCCGGGUCUAUCGCGACAGAGGAUUCAGAUGAAGGCGAAUUUGAAACUACUUGCUCAUCAGAACAAGAUUCAGUGCGGCCAGCCAGCGCCCCAGAAGCUUCUGUUACUGCCAAUGGGGGCGCCUCAGUUGCAAAGAAGGCCCAACCCAAAAGUGUAAAAAGUACAGACAUCAGAGGGACAAAUCCUGCGAAAAGGACAUCUCCGUUACCGAAAAAGGCUAAUGGAACGGCUCAUAUCCCAAUCAAGAAUGGUAAACAAUCAACUUUGGGUGGGGUGGAUGGAAAGAAAACUCCAAAUGGUAAAGUGAACACCAAGAAGUAA